AUGCUCAUUGACCGCAAAGCGGUUGUGCCGACGGACAGUGCACAAAAUUGGGGUUCAGUGCUACACAGUGUUCUUCUAGACAAGCACGGACUAAAAAACGGUGAUGUAGAGGCAGGUGUGCCAUAUGACGAGAAUAACCAUUAUCCAAGUAUCUACAAGUUACUUGCAGACAGCUUCGGAGAUAUUAAGAUGGCAUCGUAUGUAGCGUGGGAAGCAAUCAACACAGGUAUCAUAGAAUUAUCAGUUAAAAUCGACUUACAUACGCCCCUCACGCAUGAAAAUAUUUCUUACGAUGGUGGCUGCGUUUUAAAAAUCAUUGGCUGA